GUAACCUCAACUUAGUUUAGCCACUGGGCUAGUGAGACAUGCAUAAAUAUUAAGAAAUGUGUCAUUAACUGUUUACUUAUAUUUAAUAUUUUGUUACAUUUUUUAGAUUCAUUUUUCGACGAAUGGAUUAGUUUUGUAAUGUAGUUACAUUUAUUUUUGUGUAGCUUUAUUGUCACUAUCUGAGCUUUCUUUUGGUUAAAAACACGACAGAAGCUGCUUUAUUACACCUUGCAUGUUUUUAACAACCAUGUUGUUAUUGUUUAGUCCUCAGCAAUAAGAAGAAAUUAUUCAACACAGGAUGAACUAACAAAAUUUGCAUUUUCUUUAAAGCACCUUUACAGGGCUGUUUAGCUCUUCUGUAAACAAAGUUUUGGACAUAUUUUGCUAUCAUCCAUGUUUUCUUGUGAGGUGAACUGUAAACAAGAGAAGCCCAACAGGAUGACCAGUGUGCUCUGCAGCAGAGCUCGGCUGGUGACAUACCUGCCAGGGCUUCACGUUCUAGUUCAUCGUGUUGUUGGAGCCAGGACUUUCUCCGGGGCGUCCGGCUCAGAUGAGGCACACCUUCACAGCAGUACCCCUGACACUGCACAAAGGACAGUGUGGCCGGACGAGACCAUGGGCCCGUUCGGACCUCAGGAUAAGCGUUUCCAGUUGCCGGGUAACAUGGGUUUUGACUGUCAUUUGGAGGGUCCAGAGGAGCAGAGGACCUCACCGAUCCACAGCGUGAUGCCAGACGUGCUCACUGCUCAGUCCAGCAGCGAUAGGCACAACUUCAUCCUGGCCCAGUUCAUCAAUGAGCUUCAUGAAAGUGAUAAAACACACACAGAACAGAACGUGGAUAAAGCAGAGCACUUUUUCGAUCAUUCCAGUGUGGAGUGUGCCAUUCAGUCUUGCCCUGAAUUGUUAAAGAAAGAUUUUGAGUCCAUUUUCCCUGAGGCCCCGUCGACCGGCAUGAUGGUGGUCACAGUGACUCAGAAAACACAGAACGACAUGACGGCCUGGACUGAGCAAGUGGACCGGGAGAGAGAAGAGCUGCUCUCUAAAUUUGUUGCAGGUGCAAAGGAGAUAUGCCAUGCUCUCCGAACAGAAGGAUUCUGGGCUGAUUUCAUUGACCCAUCGUCUGGACUUGCAUUCUUCGGUGCAUACACAAACAACACGCUCUUUGAAACGGAUGAAAGGUAUCGCCAUCUAGGUUUUCAGAUCGAGGACCUGGGCUGUUGUAAAGUGAUUCGGCACGUCAUGUGGGGGACGCAUGUUUUUGUCGGCACACUUUUCACCACAGCGCCACCCAACAGCCAGAUCAUGAAGAAGCUACAAGGGAACUAAAGUUAAAUAGUUAAAGAUGCUGAGUCAGCUUGUGAACACUAUUAAUAUCAAAACCAAACCUCACCUUUGAGAUGAUUAGCACAAUCAAAACACACUUAUAUCCUAUAAUGUACUUAGUGAAGUUGCCCAAUGGCUGCUGCUGGAAAUGUGUAUUUAUUUUUGUAGAUCAAAAAGCACUUUUGGUGUGACUUUUAUUUUGGGUGCGUGUACUACGCAGGGACGUUCUGUAUCACAUGUCCAGCAUCUUUCAGUAUCUCUCUUCCUCUAUGUUGCCUUUCUUCUACUACAGACCUCAAAGGAACUAAAAUGUGACCAUUCAAACGUGUAUUUAAUAUUUUUUUGUCCAUACAUCAUAUUUAAAAAGUUUUAGUAGUGAUUAAAGCUUUCAGUUUAAUUCUGUAUUGUCAGAUUUCUUCAUAGCUUCAUGAUAGGCACAAUAAAUAAGGAGUGUUACUGGCUGUAA